AUGGCAGGUGCACCGGUCUCCGAUCCUUCUGCUUCGCUCCAAGUUCGCACCACAUAUGGCGGCGGUGGUUUAGGUAUCCUCGCCGACACCCAACUCAUCGAAACUCUUGCACACUUCCCUCGCGAACGUAUUCCAGAGCGUGUCGUACAUGCAAAGGCGGCCGGAGCAUGGGGAGAGUUUGAGGUCACCGACGACCUGUCAGACAUCACAGAUGCCAAGUUCUUGACUGGAAAAGGAAAGAAGACUCCCCUUCUUGCCCGCAUCUCCACCACUGCUGGAGAGAGAGGUGCUGCUGAUACUGUCCGUGAUAUUCGUGGCUGGUCCAUGAAGUUGUUCACCGAAGAAGGAAACCAAGAUUUCGUCUUCAACAGUCUGCCAGUCUUCUUUAUUCGGGAUCCCAUCAAAUUCCCUAGCGUCAACAGAUCUCACAAGAGACAUCCUGUCACGAAUAUUCCUGACCCGGACAUGUACUGGGAUUACCAUAUCAACAACCAGGAGGGUAUUCAUGCAUUGAUGCAUCUCUUCGGCCUCCGCGGCAUUCCGGCUUCACUCCGUAACAUUAACGCGUUCGGUGUACACACAUACAAGCUCGGAAAGCAAGACGGCACUUUCGUCUACGUCAAAUGGCACAUCAAGCCUGACGCUGGCAUUCAGAACCUUCACGCAGACGAAGCACUACGUCUUGCAGGAGAGGCUCCCGACUACCACAUCAAGGACAUGUACGAUGCUAUCGAGCGUGGAGACUAUCCUACUUACACUGUCAACCUUCAAAUCAUGAACCCCAAGGAAGCAGAAGAUUCCGGCAUCAAUAUUUUCGACAACACUUUCACAUGGCCCCACCACAAGUAUCCUUUGAGACCCAUCGGAAAGAUCACAUUCAACAAGAACCCAACAAACUACUUCCAGGAUAUCGAGCAAGCUGCUUUCUCGCCUUCAACAAUGGUGCCCGGUGUCGGUCCUUCCGCUGAUCUCAUGUUGCAAGCCCGCAUGUUCAGCUACCCGGACGCCGCACGCUACCGUCUCGGCCCCAACUACCAACAAAUCCCUUGCAACCGACCCAUCAGCCAAGUCUACAGUCCGUACCAACGCGACGGUCCCGGACGCAUGGAUGGGAACUACGGCGCCGAUCCCGACUACGUUCGCAGUAGUUACACCAAGCUCGCCCACGGCAGCCACGAACUCGCCACCCAUGAACAAUGGGUUGGUAAAGUGACCUCUGCGUCUACGGAAGUUACCGACAAGGACUUUGAGCAACCGAGGGAGUUGUGGAAGACUAUGCUCAGUGAAGAGGGUGGACGCGAGAACUUCUUGAAGAAUCUGUGUCCGCAUCUCGGCGGAGCUUCUGAGCAUGUUAUUGAAGAGGCCAUUAAGAUGUUUGCCAGGGUUGAUGAGGGAUUAGGUAAGGAUAUUGCCCAAGGCAUCAAGAAUAAGAAGGACGGGAAGCCUGUCGUUUGAAAUAGGCAGAUGAUGUUAUGAUAUGAUAUGCAAC